AACACCAACACCAACACCAACACCGAUAUCAACCGUUCAGUCAAUGGUUUCAAACAUUUCAAACAAAUAGUUGGUUUGUGUCAUCACAUCCCAGUCGUCUAAGAUCGGCGACAGCACUCAUGAGGAAUGAUAGCGAUGACGACAACAUCAAUAUUACAGACACUUACGAUAACUUUCUGACGGUUGUCGUUGUCUAUCGGAUUACUUAUACUGAUUGCGAAACAAUUACUACAUCCGGUACGGGAUCGCGACUGGACGGCAACGACCUGUUGAUUGUGACCAACGCUCAUGUGGUGGCCGGUCGUCAGGAAAUGUUUCUAACGGUAAACUAUCAGCAAAUGUGGAGCCAACUGAUCGGCCGCGUUGUCUACGUUGAACAGCACCGGGAUCUGGCACUCGUCCAGAUCGACGACGACACUUCGGAUGUGUUUCGUCCGCGACCACUGGCCGAACGUCCGGCUCAGUUCGGCGAACCAGUAGCCACUUAUGGUCAUUCGGAAACCGAAUUUACAGCAAUGGCCGGCUGUGUUAUGAUUCCCGGCUGUCGAUUAGUCGACUUUAUGGACGACUAUAACAUACCGUUAUUGGUUCCCGAUUGUAAUAACCAACUAAUACUAAUUCAUUCGGCUGUAUCGGUUCCCGGCUAUUCAGGCGGUCCACUGAUGGAUCGCCGGUCAAGCAUACUGGCCGUCAACAUUGCCUAUAGUCCAUGGCUUUACUAUUUUAGUCAACCGGCCGAACAAACAGCUGAGUUUAUAGAAAGAGGCAGAAAUUAUUUAAGAGGUUUAAUAGCAUUACAACAACACCAACAACAACAACAGCAAAGGGACAGUCGUGUAUUGGAACCGGUAUUAAAGUUAGGUCUAAUCAUUAGUUUGAAUGAUAACAAUAGGCUUCAUAUUGUCGACACUAUUGAUGCUAACAAUUUAACCGAAAUAAUAAAUAGAGAAAUUGUAUCAAUUAAUGGACAGCCGGUUAGCGAUCAGAUCAGUCAGAUAACCGAUACUAUUAAUAGUUGCAAAUCUGGUGACAAUAUUAGUGUAAAACUUAGGGAUAAUGCGGAUCAGGAAACGGAUCAAUCAAUAGUUGUCCGCAAUUUUAUGCCCAAUGAGUUACCCAAUAUUUUUUGAUACAAAACAAAAAUAAUUAAGUUUAUAUCCAAAUAAUAUAUUUUUCUG